UGGACAACGAAAAUUUCCGCAAUGAUGGAGGACAUUGAGGAAAAAGAAAACUCGAGUGAUCAUAGUGAUGACUCCUUUGAUUUGGAUGAACUUCUUCCAGUCAUUGGCGAAUUUGGUCGAUAUCAGAAAUUUCUUGUGUUUUUCGUUUGUUUACCGGCCUGUAUUCCAUGCGGAUUUUGUGCUUUCAAUCAACUUUUUAUGACAGAUAUACCUGAGGAUUAUUGGUGUGCGACUCCGAAUGUGCUGAAUUUAUCAGAGGAUCUUUUGAAAAAUCUCACAAUUCCGUUUAAUGAAACCACGGGCUUUGAUAAGUGUCAGAGAUAUAAAGUGAAUUGGACAGAACUUUCGGAGGAAAUUGAAGCGAUGUUAGAACCGAACACUUCAUGGCCAUUGGAGACGUGUUUGGAUGGAUGGCAUUUUGUGGGAAUUGAUGUUAAUGCUUCGAUUGUGACGCAAUUCAACUUAAUCUGUGAUAAGGACAUUUACCCAACGUACGCCCUCGUAGCUUUGAAUAUUGGCGGUCCAAUCGGAGUUUAUUCAUUUGGAAUCCUAAAUGACAGAUACGGCAGAAAAAUUUCGUACUUUUGUUGUUUGUCAACUUUACUCAUUGGAAGCUUCAUAACCGCUAUUAGUGAAGAUUUUUGGCUUUGGGCUUUCAGUCGAGUCAUUGUCGGUACAACUGUUCCCGCUGUCUACCAAAUCCCGUUCAUCAUCGCGUUAGAACUUGUUGGUCCGCAUUACAGAUCUUUCGUUACCGUCUUAACUUGCACUUUUUACUCUUUUGGAUUGAUGUUACUUGCUGUCGUCACUUAUUUCAUCCGGAAUUGGGUUCAUUUGUGUUGGUACACUUCCGUUCCCUUUCUCCUCUAUUAUUUGUACAUUUUCAUCUUGCCCGAGUCACCAAGAUGGCUUUUGACCAAGGGAAAAUUGCAAGAUGCCCUUCGGAUUUUGGAAAAUAUGGCGCGGCACAACAAAAAGGAGAUCCCGGAAUGGUUUCGCACGAGUUUGCAGCACAAAUUGGUCGAGAUGAAUCGAAAAAGUUUUCAAGAAACGGACAAUUUUAGUGCGAUAGAUCUUUUUCGAACGCCAAAUAUGCGGAUAAAAACGAUUCUUAUCACGUUAAAUUGGUUUGCUAAUGAAACGGUUUACCUGGGAUUGAGUUAUUAUGGACCGAAUUUGGGCAGUAAUCAGUAUGUGAGUUUCUUUUUGUCGUCGCUUGUGGAAUUGCCGAGUUAUGUGAUCGCUUGGAUAUCAAUGGAUAGAUUUGGAAGACGAUGGCCGCUGUCUAUUUUGAUGAUUUUAGGAGGCCUUUGCUGUAUUUUAACGGUUGUUUUGCCAAAAGAAGCUGUAAACGAGACACUUGCUUUGUUCCUUCUGUCAAAAUCGAUGAUUUCCGCGUCAUUUUUGAUCAUCUAUCCCUUUGCCGGAGAACUAUACCCAACGGAGAUCAGAGGAGUUGGCAUUGGAUUUUCAAGUUAUGUCGGCGGAAUCGGUUUAAUCAUCAUUCCUUUCGUAACUUAUCUGGGUCGUGAAAAUCUCGUGUUACCAUUAAUUAUCAUGGGAGUCCUCAUAAUGGUUGGAGGCUUGACAGGUUUGAAGCUUCCGGAAACGUUGAAUCAAAAAUUGCCAUCGACAUUAGCUGAGGGAGAGUUAUUUGGAACAGAUCCGACAUCAACAGAUCUUAAAAAACCACUGACAAUAACGGAAAAUACGUACGUGGAUGCAGAUGCGAAUGAAAGUGUUGAUCAAAUUAUAAGUUUGAAUUAUAAGCCGACGUUAAAGCGAGUGACAAGACCUUCCAUGAAACGACUGAUAAGACAAAAAAGUGUUAUGGAUACGCAAAAAACGAGAGAUGGAGCAAUGCAGUUGACGUAUUGGUUUUGAUUUUUUUUUUUUAUUUUAAAUGAUGUUGUUAAUUUGUUGAUUUUUGAUGUGAAAAAAGAAGAUUUAUUGAAAGAAAGUAUU